AUGGAGGAUAUAGCACGUGAUUGCUUAAGUGAGUUGGUGGAAAAGUGUUUGGUUCAAGUGGGAACACGUGGUUCAACUGGGACAAUUAAAACUUGUCGAAUCCAUGAUCUUGUACGAGACAUGUGUUUGUUAAAGGCAAAAGAGGAAAGCUUUUUCCAGAUUAACUAUUCUUUGCAAGAAAAUGAGGCAGCUAAUCCAUUUACUUCUUCUAUGGCAGCCAAGGCAGCACAAUUGGGGAAAAUUCGAAGACUUGCAAUUUACUUGGAUGAGAACGCAGAUAGGUUGGUUUCUUCAAGAGAUGAAACAAAUGGGCACGUAAGGUCUCUAUUAUUCUAUGGCCUAAGAGAAUGGAAGCCAAAAAGUGAAAAAGUAUUACUAUCUCCGUUGAAGGAUUUCAAAGUGCUUAGAGUUUUGAAGGUUGAAGGUCUUUAUAAAGUAGAAGUAGAGUUGCCAAGUGAAAUUGGAAAUAUGGUACACUUAAGGUUUCUAAGCGUGAGGAGUAGCGAAAUAAAAAAGUUUCCGCCAUCCCUAGGUAAUUUAGUAUGCUUGCAAACUCUUGAUUUUCGUGUUUCAAGUUAUAUCAACAUGGUCAUCCCAAAUGUGAUAAAGAAGAUGAAACAAUUAAGACAUUUAUAUUUACCCUUGAAUUACACAGCAAAGGAUAACAUGGAGCUGUCUACUCUUGGCCAUCUACAGACCUUAUAUAACAUUUCAAGCAAGUAUUGUGAUUUGAGAGAUGUUGGUAGAUUAACCAAUCUUAGAAAAUUGAGAAUAAGACUGUCAAGGUCUUUGCAAAAUCUGGAGGAAAUCUUAAAAUCUACAGGCAGCAUGCUUAACCGUAUCCGGUCUCUAAUUGUAGAUAACAAAAUGAAUAGCGGUGAAGAGCAAGCUAUGCAAAUAGUAUCAAGCUGUUGGCAUAUAUACAAAUUGGAGUUGGUAGGGCCAAUCACAGAAUUACCGAAAGAGCUCCACAACUAUCCAAACCUCACCAAGUUAGUAUUGUGGGAAUGUGUUCUCAAGGAGGACCAAAUGGGAAUACUAGAGAAGCUGCGAAACCUAACAACUUUGCGCCUUGGAUAUAACACUUUCCAUGACAAUACAAAGAUACUG